CCCUGACGUCAGAUCUUGCUUUAAUAAAACCCCCUAAGGGCUGCGGGAAGAGGCAUAUCUGGCACUCCUGAUGGGCCAGGUCAGUCUCGGCCCAGCUCCCCCGAGAGGUGGCCGGAUCCUCUGGGCUGCUCCGUAGAUGCCUUGGCCACUGACCUCCAGGCAUGAGGUGGUUCCUGCCGUGGACGCUGGUGGCAGUGACAGCAGUAGGAGCAGUGGGCAGCACCCUGGCCAUGGCCCUCUCUCCAGCUCCCGCGGCCACGGUCUUCACCCCGGCUCGCCUGGAGGACACCCCUGCACACCCCCAGUUCUGCAAGUGGCCGUGCGAGUGCCCGCCAUCCCCGCCCCGCUGCCCGCUGGGGGUCAGCCUCGUCACAGACGGCUGCGAAUGCUGUAAGAUGUGUGCUCAGCAGCUCGGGGACAACUGCACGGAGGCUGCUGUCUGCGACCCCCACCGGGGCCUCUACUGUGACUACAGCGGGGACAGCCCGAGGUACGCAGUAGGAGUAUGUGCACAGGUGGUCGGCGUGGGCUGCCUGCUGGACGGCGUGCGCUACAACAACGGCCAGUCCUUCCAGCCCAACUGCAAGUACAACUGCACGUGCGUGGGCGGCGCGGUGGGCUGCACGCCGCUCUGCCUCCGCGCGCGCCCCCCGCGCGUCUGGUGCCGCCACGCCCGGCGGGUGAGCGUGCCCGGGCGCUGCUGCGAGCAGUGGGUGUGCGACGACGCCGCCAGGAGGCCACGCAAGACGGCGUCGCGCCACACGGGCGCCUUCGCGGUCAUGGAUCAGAUAGAGCCAUGGCACAGGAACUGCAUAGCCUACACCAGCCCCUGGAGCCCCUGCUCCACCAGCUGCGGCCUGGGGGUCUCCACCCGCAUCUCCAACGUCAAUGCCCAGUGCUGGCCUGAGCAGGAGAGCCGCCUCUGCAACCUGCGGCCGUGUGACGUGGACCUCUGGCCACACAUCAAGGAAGGGAAGAAGUGUCUGGCCGUGUACCAGCCAGAAGCGCCCGUGAACUUUACGCUGGCCGGCUGCACCAGCACACGUUCGUAUCGGCCCAAGUACUGUGGGGUCUGCACGGACAACAGGUGCUGCAUCCCCUACAAGUCCAAAACCAUCGACAUCUCCUUCCAGUGUCCUGACGGGCCUGGCUUCUCCCGCCAGGCCCUGUGGAUUAAUGCUUGCUUCUGCAAUCUGAGCUGUCGGAAUCCCAACGAUAUUUUUGCCGACUUGGAUUCCUACCCUGACUUCUCAGAAAUUGCCAAUUAGGCAGGCACAAAACACGAGCUCGAGGCCUGGCCCCAUGCUUGUAAAGGAGGCUGCCUUCUGAGGCCCACACUGAGCCUUCUUUUGUCCACCUUACCCCGAUCCGGACCCGUGGCCCCUUUCCUGUCUCCGACCACCCAAAGCACCCAUCGUGGUGCUGCUCAAGCCCAGACCAUGGGUCCUCUCCUUGACAAUUCCACGUACGCUCCAAGGAAAGUGCCUGUCUCCAGCUGUUCUGGUCAAUACCCAAGCCUGAUCCGCCUGUCCAAGUCACUGGAAGUCCUGCUGGAUCUUGCCCAAGUCUCAAGGAACAGAAUCAGCUAGGCAUUCAAUGUCACUAAUUCCUUCCUUAAAUACCAAAUCGUAAGACUCUCUGGGUCCAUUCAGAAGGAUAGAUGGGAUUUAGAACUACUCUAAUCGACAGUUUUGACCACCGCACACCAAAGUAUCUCUCAUUCCAAAGAUUUGUGCCUCCCAAGGUCACCCAACAUUUGCCAAGUGAGGUGAAUGGCUGUUUGGGUUUGGUUUUUUUAAUGAACAAUUGUAUCCAUUAUUCCGGGCAUUGUUGAGGUUAGGUUUCUCUUCACCCCUGCACUGUGAAGGGUGUACAUUGGGUUCAUCCCAGUCAGAAAUGCAAGAUGAUAAACUUCCUUCUUGUUCCUGGGAGAAGUCCCCAGUCAAUACUCCAGGGUCAGAGCAAGGUCAGUCAAUUUUCAGAAGGAGCGAUUGACCCCAGCCCUGAAUCUGCUGCUCGUGGACAGGGCAGGACGCUGGGCAAUCGGCCAGGCUCCUCACAUCUGGAUCCUCUCCCUGCAUGGGGGCUCAUGGGAGUUGGUAGAGUCCCCUGGGGUGAUGUCUCUGACCCCUGAGAAUGGUGCCCUGUGACAUUCCUGUGCUCUUUAGGGAGUCUUGGGUCCAGGUUAAGUGUGGGUCAAACCAAGGAGUGGUUUCACAAACCAAGAAGUGGGUCCAGUCUGUAUCAGCCUAGAGUGGCAAGGGUCCCUGGGCCCAGGACAUGUCUCUUUCUGCCUCAGUGACCCACUUCACAGACUGUGGGUCCUACUGACCCAUAAAACCCAGUUCUGGUGCAAAGACAGAGGUUAACCAGUUGUUUCAAAACAGAAGUAUAUUUAACAGGGGUGAAAAGCUGAAAGGGCUUGAAGCUAUUCAACAAAAGGAAGAGAAAGUUGCUAUUAAUGGAAAUGAGGCUAUUAUUUAUUUUAUUAGUAAAAUAUAAAUAUUUACUGCUAUAAUUCUUUUAUAUAGUACCUUCUCUGUGUCAGACAUUGUUCUCAGUGCUUUAUGUAACCGUUAACACUAGCUCAUGGAAACUUCGAGGUCGUGUUGAAAAGUGCCCGUUAUUAUUUCUGUUCUUACAAAUGUGAAACAGAAGCUCAGAAAGGGAAGGGUGCUUGACUGAAGUCACCCAGCUGGUCAGUGGAGGAGUCGGAAGGCAAAUCCAAGUUGAAUUGACUCUGUAACCCAUCUUUUCCCUCUACUUUAGAGCUUCCAAAUGUGUCAGAGCAGGAAAACAUGUCAGGACAGGCGAUUCUUGCAUCAUUUUUGGUUCUUACUGUUGUGUCUCUAGCUCUUUUCACAAGAGAAGAGAGUGUCUGACUUUCAGAUUAUUUACAUGCCUAAGCAUCAAACAAAAUCUGGGCUAAACCAAAAUCCAUGAAUCCCCUACAGAUCGUUCCCUCCUUCAAAUCAGAACCAGCUCUCAUAUGUGUCUGAAGAUGAUUUUGUUACCCAGUGCUGCAGACUGAGUGAUGGUGCGGUUAUUCGUGAGGGAAUUCUGGGUGGUGAGCAGAGGUAUUCCUAGACAGGGAAAAAGGGUUGAGAAUGUGCCCUCCUUACGGUGACCUCCUGAAUGCCCGAUGCAAGGCAUACAAUGGUGCUCAAUGUGUAUUUGAUGAAUAAAGGAAAUUGUGUACAUGUUC